GCGCCCGGAAGGCGGUGUCGGCCGGGGGGCGGUGCCGGGGCUGCCACGUUGGAGCGGUCCGGGAGCGCCUGAGCGCCGGGGACGCGGGGCAAAAUGAAGCUGAAGGAAAUAGAUCGUACUGCCAUGCAGGCAUGGAGCCCUGCCCAGCAGCACCCCAUUUACCUGGCCACAGGUACAUCAGCUCAGCAGCUGGAUGCCACCUUCAGCACAAGUGCUUCUCUAGAAAUAUUUGAGUUGGACUUAUCAGAUCCUUCACUGGAUAUGAAGACCUGUGCCACGUUCUCCUCCUCUCACAGGUACCACAAGCUGAUCUGGGGCCCACACAGCAUGACCUCGGGGGAGAGAGUCUCUGGAGUCCUGAUUGCUGGGGGUGAAAAUGGAAAUGUCAUCCUGUACGACCCAGCCAAAAUCAUAGAUGGAGACGCCGAAGUAAUAAUUGCCCAGAAAGACAAGCACACGGGACCAGUAAGAGCCCUCGAUGUCAACAUGUUCCAGACUAAUCUGGUGGCCUCUGGUGCUAAUGAGUCUGAAAUCUAUAUCUGGGACUUGAACAACUUUGCUACGCCGAUGACACCAGGAGUGAAGACACAGUGUUUUACCAUGCACGUAGAUGAAUUUGGUCUAGUUUUCUUUUUUCCUUUAGCGCUGCUUAGUUACUUGAUGCUUUGGCGCAAUGUUGUCCUGCAGAUGCACUGCUCGGGCUUGGCGUGGCACCCUGAUGUUGCUACCCAGAUGGUUUUGGCCUCAGAGGAUGACAGGCUGCCUGUUAUUCAGAUGUGGGACCUGAGAUUUGCCUCCUCACCGCUUCGUGUUCUAGAAAGUCACACGAGGGGUAUAUUGGCCAUUGCUUGGAGUAUGGCGGAUCCAGAGCUGCUGCUUAGCUGUGGGAAGGAUGCUAAAAUCCUCUGCUCCAACCCUAACACAGGAGAGGUGCUGUAUGAGCUGCCCACGAACACACAGUGGUGCUUUGAUAUCCAGUGGUGUCCCAGGAACCCUGCUGUCCUGUCUGCAGCCUCCUUCGACGGGCGGAUCAGCGUUUACUCCAUCAUGGGAGGCAGCACGGAUGGCUUGAGGCAGAAGCAAGUUGACCAGCUUUCAUCGUCCUUUGGGAACCUUGAUCCCUUUGGUACAGGACAGCCCCUCCCGCCCCUGCAGCUGCCCCAGCAGGCUGCCCCACAGAGCGUUGUUCUGCCUCUGAAGAAACCACCCAAAUGGAUCCGGCGGCCCAUGGGAGCAUCGUUCUCGUUUGGAGGCAAGCUGGUUACAUUUGAGAAUGCCAAGUCUCAGCAGCAGCCAGGCAUGGAGCAGCAGCAGCAGCAGCAGCACCAUGUCUACGUGAGCCAGGUUGUCACAGAGAAGGAGUUCCUGGCCCGCUCCAAACAGCUGCAGGAGGCUGUGCAGUCUGAGGGCUUUGUCAGCUACUGCCAGAAGAAGAUCGAUAUGGCCCUGGCUGACUUUGAGAAGAACGUGUGGGCCUUCCUAAAGGUGAACUUUGAAGAAGAUUCACGUGCUAAAUACCUUGAGCUCUUGGGAUACAGGAAGGAUGAUCUAAGGAAGAAGAUUACAUCUGCUCUGGAUAAAGAAGGUCUUGUAGAUAGUGUUUUGGGAGAGGCUCCUGCAGAAUCUGAAGAAUCUGUGCCAAAUGAGGGGGAUGAAGGCCGAGCUACAGAGGAGCAGUUCUUGGGAGAGACCCCGAAGGACCAUAAACAAGAAACUGAGGGUUUGGGGUCUGCAAAGACGACAUUUAACAUUUCUGUUAGUGGAGAUGUGGACGGUUUGAUCACGCAGGCUCUGCUGACGGGUGACUUCGGGAGCGCGGUGGAUCUCUGCCUGCACGACAACCGCAUGGCUGACGCCAUCAUCCUGGCCAUCGCGGGCGGACAAGAGCUGCUCUCCAGGACGCAGGAAAAGUACUUUGCUAAGAUGCAGAGCAAGAUUACCAGGCUCAUCACUGCAGUGGUAACGAAGAACUGGAAAGAGAUUGUGCAGUCUUGUGAUCUGCAGAACUGGAGAGAGGCUUUGGCUGCUGUGCUCACUUAUGCCAGGCCAGAUGAAUUUGCAGCCCUUUGUGAUCUCCUGGGCAGCAGGCUGGAAAAUGAAGGGGACAGCAUUCUGCAGACACAAGCUUGUCUCUGUUACAUUUGUGCUGGCAACGUGGAUAAACUCGUUGCCUGUUGGACCAAAGUUCAGGAUGGAAGCAGCCCCUUGUCCCUUCAGGACUUAAUAGAGAAAGUCGUAAUCCUGCGCAAAGCCGUGCAGCUCACCCAGGCUGUGGACCCUAAUGCUGUGGGGGCCCUUUUGGCCGAUAAGAUGAGCCAGUAUGCCAACCUCCUGGCUGCUCAGGGAAGCCUGGCUGCAGCUCUGACCUUCCUCCCUGAGAACACCAACCAGCCAAACAUCGUGCAGCUGCGGGACAGGCUUUGCAGAGCCCAGGGGGAGCUCCCGGUGGGACAGGACGGCCUCAAGGGACCAUAUGAGAGAGAGCCCGUGCCCAAAGGACGAGCUGGCCCUGUGGCUGGACGGAUGCAAACACCCCAGGCUCCAGCCCAGCAGUAUUACCAGCAGGGAGACAACCCACCUCCUCCAGGGUUUAUCAUGCCAGGUGCUGUUAACCCCAACAUGCCGCCGCAGCAAGGCACAUCUUCCAAUUACAGCAUGUACUCACAAGCAGGGACACGGCCGACGUACCCACAGACUUAUCAGGCCACACAGCAGUACUCCUCUGGAACAGGGGGACCAACUCUCUAUCAGCCUCAGCAGCCUAUCGCUGUCCCUGCUUCAGCCUCUUACCCGAACCCUGCCCCUAACACCGCCCCUCCCUACCUGCCCUCUGCCCCUGCCCACCCCAUGCCCUCUCCGCUGUACCCCGGGCAGCCUCAGCCCUCCCCGACGAGCUUGAAUCCUGUCUCUUCCUUCCCUGUUCCUCCUUCUGGCACAUCCUUUCAGCAUGGCAGGCCAGGACCUCCAGCAACUUCUGUGGCUUAUGCAUUACCUACUGGACCAACAGGACCUCAGAAUGGCUGGAAUGACCCUCCCACCCUGAACAGAGCUGCCAAGAAGAAGAAGGUCCCUGAUAACUUCUUGCCCCCGGUUCCCAUCACUUCCCCCAUCAUGAACCCGCUGGCGGAUCCGCAGUCUCAGAUGCAGCAGGCUCCAGCUCCAGCACCUCCCACCGGUGCCCCCACCUUCCAGCCUCCGCACCUGCCGGCUGGGCCACUGCUGCAGGGUGGCUACCCCCCUGCUGCCCUGCCACCUGCUGCUUCCAAACCCAGCACGGAGGGGGCCCCCGGGGCCCCAAUCGGCAACACCAUCCAGCAUGUGCAGGCACUGCCAACAGAGAAGAUUACCAAGAAGCCCAUCCCUGAGGAGCACCUUAUUCUUAAGACAACGUUUGAAGCUCUCAUCCAAAGGUGCCUGCUGUCCGCCUCCGACCCGCAAACCAAGAGGAAACUGGAUGAUGCAAAUAAACGCCUGGAGUUUCUUUAUGACAAACUUAGGGAACAGACACUCUCUCCAGCCAUCGUCAGCGGUUUGCACAACAUGGUGAAGAGCAUCGAGACCCGCAACUACCAGGAAGGACUGAACAUCCACACACACAUCGUCAGCACCAGCAAUUUCAGCGAGACCUCUGCUUUCAUGCCAGUCCUGAAAGUUGUCCUCACCCAGGCCAAUAAGCUGGGGGUGUGAAGUAGCCCUGCACUUGCGAAGCCUUGACGGUUGCUUUUCCAAAGAAGUGCAUUUCUACAGCAAACAUGCAGGAAACGGACCAAAUGCUCGUCCUCAGCAUGUCGCGGUAGAGCGCUGACAAACGGCAUUACACUCUCCCUGCAGAAUACUUUGCUCUAGAAGGGCUCUGGAGCCCUGGUGCUUUUCUUUUUAUUUUAAUCCUUUUCCCGUUCCCUAACGAUUCUCCUCUACAAAUAGUAUAUUUAAUGGAUGAUGUCCCAUAUUGUCAAUUUUUAGGUGCAUGUUACACUGCUAAACAGUGGCUUUUAAUAACAGAUGUAUGUGGUAAAACAACAAGAUAGGUUGUGUAUCGGACCCUAAAACAGAUUAUUCCCUUCCACCCUGCUGUUCCUUAUCCACCAGAUUAAAAACAGUCUGAUCAUGUUAUAAGUGUAUUUGGUCUUUCAUUUUAUGAAGCUGCUUGCAGUCCUGUUAUUACAACUUACAUGUUAAAUAGCUUAAUUGUGCACUGGGGCAAACGAGCAAAAUAAAGGCUAAUGUGAUAUUUUCAAUAAAUGUAAA